AUGGACAGGUGUAAGGAGCCUGGUUGCCCCAAUCCGGUGGAUACAUCGAACCACAAAAACAACUACCAUGGACACACGUACACGUAUAAGUGGCUCGGGAAUACUGUAACCAUUCACCGACGCUCUGAUGGCUUACUGGAUUGUCCGUGCUCUGAACCCCUUCAUCGUCGAUAUUCAAACAAGAUCAUUAAACGUCUUGUUACUGCCAACAAUCCACACCCUCCAGCUAUAUGUACCGAUGAAAAAUACCUUGAUCUAUUUACAUCGAGUCCAUCUGGUCGUCACGUUCUUGUUCAGCCACCAACAAACCCUAUGAUAGAAGGCUCUCAAGAUACUCCUGGCGACACAGAAAUCCCAAUGCAAACAGACGCCUCCUCUUCAUCUCAUCAGCUUUGCACUCAGUCGCAUACGACACCGAUGGCAGGCAAAUCAACCUCGGUGGUGGAUGAGCAAUCGCGAUCAGAUGAGGAAACUUCCUCUGAUGAAGGCACUGAGGAUGAGAUUGGAGAAAGCGAAGAUGGCAAUAACAGUGAUGCAGGAGACGAUCCGGAAGGCGUUGUAACCCAGUCUGAUGCAAGAUCUUUGUUACUAUCAUGCGGUUUGGUCGUUGAUGAAAGAUAUCGGGCCAUAAUAUGCAUCGACUGUCACAUUGUCCUCCAAUACAGCGCUGCCUACUCUCACCGAGUAAAACGCCACUCUGCGUAUCACAAGCACCACAGCCGAACCGUCGGGAAACCGAAAAUUAUGUCAUGCUUACAACGGCUCCUUGCGCAUAUACCGAAGUAUCCAUCCCCUGAUUGUGAAGGUAUACCUCAAGUUGAAUCUAUCAAGCUGGAGGAAUUCUGGGGCUGUGGAGUCUCUGGCUGCACAUACAAACGAAUAUGGAAAAGCGCGCGAUAUUGUAGAAAACACCACACCAAUUCUGCCCAUGGCGAACUCUCAGCAUCGGAGCGACAGCCUGUCAAAGUCCUGGGACAUUGUUUUAUUCGUAUAAAGUCCAGAACAUUAUAUGUGCGCGCUUUUCAAUCCAUUCCUCCGUCAACCUCAUCUUCGGAUCAUCCAUUGUCUAUCAUCCUUCACCACUCCAAAUCCAAAGGAGUCGGAGACCCACAAAAAACUCUUACCAUCACAGACAACCGAGAAACCACAGCUGUUUUAUACCAUAGCGAGUGGAUACCUAUGUUGCGAGAUGUGCCUCUAGCACAGCUCAUGGCUAACGGAUCCAGUCCGCGGAAAGAUGAGCCAGAGCUACUUCGUCUCAAGGAAUCUGUACGAGCAUACUAUCAAGCCAUCCCACCGGUGCUAUCGCAGAUAGGCCGCCUCACACGUACGCAGAUAGCCACAGCAGAAUUAUCUCAUUCUGAUUUCAAGGCCUUUAAGGAGCCCCAAAAUCUCGAUUCCCUUAUUCAGGAUGCAGAUGAGAUGAGUCGAUUCAUAUCAUUCCAACUCCGUUCGGUUUUUGCGCCCAUCGAAAACUAUCCAGUGUCUACCCAUCCUUUCACUCGGGAAAAGCUAUAUGAGCUUCAUCGAAUUCUUUCUGAUAAAGAAUCGCUGGAGGCGAACGUCGCUUCCAACGUACACCAAGUAAUUUGGUAUUUUCUGCGUCAUCCCACGCCAGAAUUCCUUCAAGAUGACCUUGCAUGCCCCCUUUCCCGUUACCUAGUGGCAGCGCAUAUAAAAAGUGCACGUGGACAAUUCUCGAUGCCACGGUUUGUCCCCCCUACACUAUCAAGGUUACAGUGGUCCUUUCGUGCAACAGCAUGUCGUGAGAUCCUCAACAUUCGUCUACAAUACAACAAUGAAACCCAUAAAGCCUACCUCGAAUGUGUCCGUCCCUAUCUCACAGUGGGACACCAGACACUUUUCAACAGUCUGAAACAAUCCCAUGCGUUCUUUACAACACUUGCAAAGAACGAACCUGGAUUUGCCCGGUUUAAUUGGGACUCGGAUUUCACUGUGCUAAGCAUGGAUGGACAACCCAUCCUCAUGACGGAUUUCACGAAUUCUAUCACCAGAAGUAUUCAGACACUUGAAUCUCGACUCAAUACGUUGUUUCGUGGCUGCGAAUUUGUCGACAUUCUUGACCAUAUCUCUCAACGACUCAAUCCCGAGGAUCCGAAAAUGUGGAUACAAGAUGAUCCACACAACCAUGAGUAUGGGGGUUCUUUCAUAACGAACCCCAUGAACGGCUUUACCUUUUUCGGUCCAGACAAGGAAGACGUGCGAUACCGGUUGCUCAGGCAUCUCUCCUGUCAAGAGAACCUGUUCGUAAAAGUCACCCGGGAUGACGGUAACGGGCCAAUUUCUACACUACAGGAACAACGAGGGAACAUCAUGGAUUGGAUAUCUGAACUCAAUGAAUGCGUCAAGCUAGUUUAUUACCUAGUGACAGCAACCUGGGGGGGAGGGGCGAGGGGGACGGAAACAACGCUCAUUCAAUAUGCAAACACGACAAAUGACAGACAUGUAUAUGUCUUCAACGGCAUGCUGACAAUCGUAACGAACUAUGCGAAGACACAGAGCAUUCAAGGGCAUGGCGUGCGCGUUGCGCGCUGUCCAUCGUACUUGGUCUCACAGCUCCUGAUUCUUCUGGUGACAGUGGUGUAUCCGGCUGCCAUGCAUCUGUCUGCAUAUGUCCUGUCCCGAGAAUUAUCAGAAAACUACGCAUCACAUCUCUUUGUGAUAAGUGGUCGUCGCAUGGACACUCAGGACUUCACGCGUGCCCUUACGGAGAUUACAUCUACGUAUUUGCGUGUACCUCUAGGUGUCCGUUCAUGGCGGCAGGUCAUGCAUACAAUGCUUGUCAAUCUGGCAAAUGUCGACUUUGCGUCCCCUGAUCAACUAGACGAGGAAGUGAAGGAUAUCCAUGCUAUGUUUGCGCACAGCAAAGACGUGGGGGAACACCACUACUCCCUCCAGACGGGCAAUGCACUCACCGAUAUAUCAGCAACGGCAGUUUCGUCCAAUCAAAGAAUCAGCCUUCGUUGGCAUGCUGUUACCCAUCUAUUGCAUCCUGCUCUCCUGAAAAGCGUACACUCGAAUAAUGCUGGAGGCAAUUACCAUUCAGAUGCCCUGUUUAGCGUAUUUGAUGUUCAUUUUGACUCGGUUACAAAAGCAGUCCAAAGGUCUACCAAGAACGUCGUCGCUUCCAUUGGACAGCAGACGUCGGUCAUAAAGACCAUAGUUGAAGAGACGUCCCAACGUGCAAUGAUCGGUGCAAUGUCCUACGUGCAUGCCAGACUCAUGGACACUGCUCAUGCUGAUCAAAGAAAGAUAUCAAACUUCCCGCCUAUACAAGUACACCCAGAUCUCUUUAAGCGAAUACAACCUAGCAUACCCGCUGGUAGCAGGUAUUUUCGCUCACCUCAGCAAGCGGAACUUGUGCAGUCAACGCUAUCAAGCGAUCACGUUUUAGCUAUCAUGCCAACUGGCAGUGGGAAGAGCCUUGCCUUUUUUUCAGCACCUUAUCUUGAUGAUGGCGGCCUUUAUGUCGUUAUCACGCCUCUCACUGCCCUCACCGAAGACAUGGGACGUCGCCUCAGACAGAAUGAUGGAAUCCGCGGAGGGAUUUAUCCUGAAUUCAGCAGCUUGGAUGGACAGCUUGUUUUCGCAGCUGCUCAUUACGCUGGCACCGAAACCUUCUACAACUGGGUCGACAAACAGGCUGACCGACUACGUCGAGUAUUCAUUGACGAGUGUCACCAUCUAUACCUAUCAACGAGCUAUCGCUCAUGCUUCAAGUUAUUCUAUCGUCUGACGGCACUUGGGAAGCCAAUUACUUUCCUAUCUGCGACAGUCUUUCCGCAAUCGAUUCCACUACUGUGCAAAUGUAUGGGAAUACCGCAGGAAACACUGCGGAUAAUCAGGACUUCUACAGCGCGACGAAAUAUACGAUAUUCCGUCACACAUGUACCUAAGAGCAUGGACAUGGUUGGGGUGGUAACCGAGUUUUGUGCAGGGAUCAAGUUUGGGCCCGAUGAUCGCGGUAUCAUCUACACUCGCACUAUAGCGGAUGCUAUCCAGUUGUCACGAAUAUUGCAAUGCGAUUAUUACAUCUCUAAAGUCGACCCCAACAAUGAAGAAAACAAUACAAUAAAAAAGCGCGAAAUAAUAUCCACAUGGCAGAGUGGGGAGGACCCAAAACGCCGAUGGAUAGUUGGUACACAGUGUCUGGGUGAAGGCAUCGACCAAUCAAACGUCCGCAUCACAGUGCACUUCAAUGUAACAACUCUCAUUGAUGUAGUGCAGCAAACUGGAAGAGCGGGUCGGGAUGGGAAGCUCGCAUAUUCAUUCAUUUUUUGGAAUGAGCUUCCAUGGACGUCGAAGAAAGAGGGCAGCAGUUUGCAUAUAUACGACCAGUGGGACGACUUUUAUGAUGUUGAAGCCGGGCAAGAACAUUAUGGUAUAGAUGAGCUCAUAUUAUUGCUUCACGAGCGAUAUCAGUGCCUCCGAAUCCGUUUUGUGAAACCGCUUGAUGGGGAUGCCCAUACAUGUGCAGCCCUUGGUGGUGCUCUCUGUGAAAACUGUGAAAGACUUCUUUCAGUCAGGACCCCGACAAAUAUGUGUCAGGAUCCUAACCUGGAGGUUGGGUUUGUCGCAGAUGUGGCACCAUCUCAUUCGUUCAGUGCGCCACCCAUUCCUUCGAUACUACUGGCUCAGGAGCAUGAGGGAGUGCUUCCUCGAGUACAGAAUGUUCGCACUGCAGCAGAGAAAGUUCAGCAACAUUACAAGCAGUCAGACGCUCAUGCUACCAAACUCCUCGCGGCUGUCAAUCAUUUGACAUCUUAUGGUUGCGCUGACUGUUGGAUAUCGAGAGACCCUCGUCAAGUAGGCACGCCACAUAAGCACGCAGUCCCUGCCAUACGCCAUCGUGUGCUAUCCAUGACUCUUGAUGCGCUGGUAUUUGAUGACUCUGAUCACAUCUACACUCCGAUCUGCUAUCGCUGCUGGAUUCCAUUCCACCAUCCUUUCAAUCACCCACCCGUAGCCAAAAAACACGAAAUUGAUGAAGAGUGUUGCCCCUACAACAAGAAUAUACGACGUAUCAUCCCAACAGCUAUCAAAAGCGCGUUCAUGUUUGAAGUCGAAGGGGGAUUUGUGUAUCGGGACACUAUCGCUAAGCGGUUAGGGAUCCAACCUUGGAACAAUAUCGAGGAAUUUGCUCAGUGGCUGCGGGUACCGGUGAAAGGAGCCUCCAGGGCAAGAAAUUGUCAUACUUUUAUCGUUGAACUUCAUGAGUUACUUACAGAAACUGUUCCGAAAUGUUAA